AUGAUGCACCUCGAUAACCCAACCCAACAUGCGACGCGGUCAAACCACUACCAGGUGGGGCAGGAGCUGGCGCGCAUGCUGGACGCCUUGGCAGCUUCCGACGCCCGCGACCGCCUAGCCCGGCAGCUGCCCGGCGGCCCCGCGGCCGCCGAGGCGCUCGUGCCCACGCAGCCGGCGGAGGAGGAGGCGCGGGACCGCGCGAUGGUGCUGAUGCGCGCACUGGGCGGGCGGCUGCAGUCGCCAGGGGCAGUUUUCAAGGUGGGCCAGGGGCUGCAGCGUCUUGGGUCAGGCGGGCGGCGCGACCGCGUGGGGCUGCCCGAGGGCUCCGGCCCCUGGGGCCUGCCGGCGCCGGGUGACGUGCAGCGGCUCGUGUACACCGUGCGCGACGCCACCGCGGAGGCCUGGCCGCAGCUCCAGCAGGCCCUGCAGCAGCCGGGCGCCCAGGAAUUGGCCAGGGAGGUCAGCGGCGCGCUGGGGCGCCGCUUCGUGGCGCGCGUGAUCAAGUUUGGGUUCGGAAUCCCAGAGGCCCAGCGCGCGCGGGCGGCCGCCGUGGCGGGCGCCGACUCGCGGUUCGUCUGA